UGCACAGAAGUUAAAGAAAGACGUACAAUGGGAUACAAAACUCUGUGCUUUGGGUUGUUUUGCAUUCUCUUUGCUUAUUGUAUUUAUAUACCAAUUCCUGAAAACAUUGAAGAACGCAGGAAAGUUCAGUUUCUGGAUGCUGUGAUGAAAAUGUUGUCAUUUAUGGCCAAAAUGUUUGAACACAUGGGUCUUAUAAAAUAUGAAGACUUUUUUUCCAUAUUUGUGAGAAUGCAACUGACAAAACCAGUUUCAGAUGAAAACAUCACAGUGAUUGACACAGACUUCAGUGACAUCCCUGUUCGUCUGUAUUUACCCAAAAGAAAAUCUGAAAGACAGAGACCAGCUGUGAUUUUCAUUCAUGGUGGUGCCUUUACCUUAGGAAGCUGCAAGAUGUUUGCUUAUGAUGAACUGAACCGACAGACAGCAAACAAGCUUGACGCUGUUGUUGUGGGAGUAGAUUACAGGCUUGCUCCUCAGUAUCCAUUCCCAGCUGCCCUUGAAGACUGUGUUCUUGUGAUCAAGUUCUUUCUUCAGGACUCAGUUCUUGAAAAGUAUGGAGUAGAUCCUGCUCGCAUUUGUAUUUCUGGAGACAGUUGUGGAGGUACAUUGGCAACAGCAGCAACUCAAUUGCUUCAGAAUAAUCCAGAACACAAAGGUAAAAUUAAGGCACAAGCCUUGCUAUAUCCUGGACUACAGUUUAUCGACAGCUUGACGCCAUCGCAUCAAGACUAUGAACAUGGUCCCUUUCUUUCAAGGGAGAUAGGAAUUAAGUUGGCAUGCCUAUAUGUGACUAAAGACACAGCACUGCCCGAGGCUAUGCAUAGAAAUGAACACAUGCCCAAAGGAUCAAGUCAUCUGUUCAAGUUUGUUAACUGGAGUCACUUCCUUCCUGAGAAGUAUAAAAAGAACCAUGUUUAUACUGAGCCAACUCUUGGAAAGCUAAAUGCUUUCUACCCAGCACUUGUGGAUAGCAGGCUGUCCCCUUUGCUAGUCAGUGACUCCCAGUUACAGAGUUUGCCAUUAACAUACAUCCUCACUUGUGAACAUGACAUCCUAAGAGAUGAUGGUCUUAUUUAUAUCACACGGCUUAGAAAUGUUGGGGUUCAAGUUACUCAUGACCACAUAGAAGAAGGGAUACAUGGAGCUCUUAUAGUGCCAUUCAAUUUACAUUUAGGAUUAAGAAUAAGAGAUAAGUAUAUCAGUUGGUUACAAAAAAACUUAUAAAUCAAGCAUAUAUGUAGGUAAUUUAAUCUGAAGUUUAGUAAGCAUGAUUAUAAUUUGAAUUGUA